AUGAGUACGGCACCUCUUGGGUCAAGGCCGUCUUCCGAGGCCUUCGACCGGCCCGAUACGGAAGACAGUCCUGGAGACAAACGCCAAAACAAUGCAACUACAGGAGCAUCGGCCGCCGGUAUGCGAGCCUUGACUGCACGCAUGUUCGCUUUCUACUUUAGAGUACCUGUAAAAGCAUUCUUCCGAACAAGGAUCGACUAUCUUGCUUUCCCGAGGGCUAUUAACCCUCUUCUCCAGACCACUGCCAGCAGCGGGAAGUGGUCUUGGAAAAUGACUACUCCUGGAAUAUUGGCUUAUGCUGUACAAACUCAUGGAUGGUCCUUCAUUCCCAACCAGGUCUUGCCUCCACUGCUGGCAAAUGUUACUGUUGGAGCAGUUCUGUAUACAUCCUAUCUCGGUGCACUUGGCCUCUACUACGAACCGGCUUCACACUCCUCCAAGAGAAUUUACCCGCCACCUCCUCUGUCCUCAACAUUUGCCGCUGGCUUCUCCGCAGGUGCUUUUCAGAGUAUUAUUGCCGCACCUUUGGAUGCCCUCACAAUUCGGUUUAAGACAACCGACCUUACAGAGGGUACCUACAAAAACAUGUGGGAUUACGCCUCGAAAAAGCUUCAGACUAUUGGCGCCCGUGGUGCAUUUGCGGGAUGGGGGCUUUCAUUCGUCAAGGAUUCCUUCGGAUAUGGUUUGUUCUUUGGAGCAUUCGAGUUCAUCAAGUCUCAAUGUUUCUACGAGUACGUGAGCCAUUGGUAUUCGCGUUACGGCAUUCUAUCCAUGUUUCAUAAGCAUCAAAUCGAGCUGCAGAGAGUCACCGACCAACAGGAAAGGCCAGUGAUCAAGCCGCAUUAUCUCAUGGAACCCUCAUUCAUACUCCUUGCCGGUGCGACAGCAAGUGUGCUGCAACAAGCUGUCGCUCAUCCCCUCACACAGAUUCAGGAGCUUCACUUCCAGCGAUUAGCAACACUGGAUGAAUUAUUAAAAGCUAGGCCGGGACGGAUGGACACCAUGCAACUGUAUGCACGAGCGUAUCAGAAGACAUGGAUACAGGCCGGCAAGCGCGCGACAAAAUCGGGUGGCUGGGUCAAAUGGCUGUAUCAGGACUUCUGGAUGACAACGUUGCGUCAGGUACCUUCAACUGCGGCUGGUCUGAUUGUUUUUGAGAUCUUCCGCCGGAAGUACGGAAUUGGAGAGGACGCUGUGAAGAUCCCCAAGGAUGAAUACGAUAUUUUGUUGCCUUGA